AUGCCCCCGCGUACACCACGUCGCACUGCUGUUCGCCGCACUCCUUACCGACCCCGUGAGUCUAAACUCCCUAAGCCUGAAUCUCCGCCCGAUUUACCCGAAACUAAAACGCAAAUCAUUGACCUAGUGAAGUACUACAAAGAGAAAGACCGAGUCCGUGAUGAGUACAUUAAAGCCCUUAAGGAAGAGAAUGCUUAUUUACGCUCUCAUGCCCAGUUUAAGUCUUCUCAAGAUACAACUCAGUCUAGUGAUAAGAGUGGUAGUGAUAGUAAUGUAAUUGAUUGUUCUGCUUUAUUAGGCCUAACCGUUACUAAGGUUGAUGAUGUUUUUCACUGUACUCAUACGAUUGAGAAGGGUGAUAUUGUCUCUUCAAUUGGCUUUACUUUAACUUAUGCUAAUGGGAUAUAUACCUAUACGCAUAAGGAGAGUAACAUAAGAGAUCUACCAGACUAUCUAACACAAGAGAUAUACUUUGAAGAGGACCAAAUUAAACUGUUCUUCUUUAACAUAUACGAGUGUGUAGCUAGACGAGAAUAA